CCAACAGAAAGCCUUUACAAGUUUUGGCUGGGUUGGCACAGUGUUAUGAAAGCAGCCACUGUGCGGGGAUGGAACAUUGCCCAUCCCUAACCCCCCUCGGGUUACCCCUGUCACAUUCAAAUGGGCGGGACAGAGAAGCUGUAGAAAUCAUCCGGCGCUACAAGUGCAGAUGUUGACAGAGCAAACAGAGUGAAACACAGCAUCUCCGCGUUUACAACCUAAGCUGGACUGUUUCUGAAAAAAGACCCACUCGUUAUUUUACUUCAACAUGGGGAAAGUUGAAGGCGGAAUGAAAUGCGUGAAAUAUCUCCUCUUUUUGUUCAACUUUAUAUUCUGGCUGAUGGGUUCGUUGGUUCUGGCCGUAGGACUCUGGCUAAGACUAGAUUCGAAUACUGUCUCUCUGUUGGGGGAAAAAGGACCAGCUACAUUCUUUAUUGGUGUCUAUAUCCUCAUUGGGGCUGGUGGUCUGAUGAUGCUGGUGGGCUUCUUUGGAUGCUGUGGUGCCGUGAGGGAGUCUCAGUGCCUUCUUGGAAUGUUUUUCGCUUGUCUUCUGACCAUCUUUGGAGCAGAAGUUGCAGCAGGGGUGUUUGGCUUUCUAAAUAAAGACGAGAUCAUUUCAGAAAUGAAAACAUACUAUAACAAAUCUGACAACAACAGUGCAACCAUCCAGUCGUAUUAUGACAUUUUGAACUGCUGUGGCUCAGCUUCACAAAGCCCCAGUUUGUGUCAACAAUAUACAAACAAGACAAAUAAAUGUGAUGAGGCCAUUGAAGAUUUUUUCAAGAGUAAACUCUUCAUCGUGGGAUAUGUAGGAAUUGGAAUCGCAGGAGUCAUGAUUAUCGGCAUGAUCUUCAGUAUGGUUCUAUGCUGUGCAAUCCGUAACAGCAGGGAGGUGAUCUAACACCCUUAUCCUUAAGUGACCUUUCACCUUUGACACUUAACCUUUGCUGGACAUACACCACCAUUUGGGCUAAGUUCAACUCAUUCCACCAUGUAAACUCAGGACAAGAAAACUUAUUUCACUUCCAAAAUGUAGUACCGCCCACAUUUCAUUUACUUCAUCACAUCGCUGGACUGUAUUUAUUUAUGCCUGCUGGUUAGGUGCAUAGCUUUUUCAUAUGCAACAAAAAUAAGAUAUCGUUUUAAUACUUAUUUUAAUAAAUAUUUUAAAUUAAAAAUACAAAUUUAGUGCGCACUGAUGAGGUCUCCCUCGAAACCAAAAGCUUUGCAUGUAAACGCUUGUGUGUUAUUCUUGGCAGUUACUGUGUGGCGUCACAUGUCAGAUAAAAAUAUGAUGUAAUAUGAAGCCAGGGGUUCUGUGGCAUGCCCAUGGCAAGUGGGUUUAAUGAUCUCUUACCCAGAGACACCAACAAAACAGUCUUUUACAUCACAGAGACAUUCCUAUACAGAAAUCGAAUGUUUUACAUGUGCAAACUUGCGUGACGUUUUCUUGGAUCAAAAGUGACAAACAUACUAUUCAGUAAACUCUUUUAGGUUUGGUUUACCUAGAAUUUAUCCAUACUACAUUAAUAAAGUGUAGCAAAUAAACUGUUUAGUGUUGGGAUUCAUGCGAACACAUUACAUUACAGAUGAGAUGAUCAGGUUUCUGUCGAGGUUUCUGCAGUUCAUUUGAAUACCCAUAAUGGUACAGCCCAGUAAUAUCAUUGGGCUUGUUGAAGCCAAAUCUUCUCAUAUACAUGGCAAAUUUUUUGGUGUAGAGUUUCCUGGUUAUUUUACUUCCGUAACUAAAUAAAGACUCUACACCAAAGACGCCAUGUGCCUCUUACUUGCAUACUGGUGAACCUGAAAACUGAAGGACGGUAAAUAAAACGAAUCAGACAAAAAUAUAAAACUUCUGAAUCGGUAAAUGUUUGAUUCUUUUAGGGUAGCUGACAUCAAAUUUCAAGUAGCGAGAGCUGCGUUUUGCAAUGUGGCUUAAAAUUAUUGAAAUGUUUAUUUUAAUAUUGUCCAGUUGAUCACAUAUUAAAGGUGCCGUAGAAUGUAAAAAUGUAUUUACUUAAAACUCAAACACGAUUGUUUACUCAUUUUUAUGUAAACCUUGUGCAUGCAAAAGACCGCUAAAAAACAAUAUUGUUACAAUGCUUAAAACAAAGUUGUGGCCGCUGAGUUAGCGUUAUAUGCUAGUUUAUGCUAUAUGCUAACUUUAGGCUGAAGGUCUUCUUUUGACUUUACAGUUACUGGUUACAGGUCCAUACUGGAAAAACACAAACGUACCACUCCAUAUCCAUUAACAAUCUCCAAACAAUUGAUUAUUCCUCAAAUUCUGUAUCUUCGUCUGAUACAGGCUAAAACAUAAGAUUUGUUUACAUACACACAGAGCUACUGAAAUGAGACGCUCUAUGAAACAGCCAAUCAGAGCAGAGCUCAACAUUAUUAUUCAUAACCUUUCCAAAUAAGGUAAUAAUAGACCAUUUCAUCCUGAGGAUAAAUCCUAGGGUUGUAAAUGGACAUGUAAAAUUUUCUCUGAAAAAUUUUGUCACUUCUACUCUAUUCUUUGGCACAUUUUUCCAUUUAUUAUUGUGUGGCAAAAGUAGGAUUUCUUUUUAAAUGUAUACAUUGUUAACUUAUUACAGCCCCCAAAAUUCUGUACAACAUAAAAACUUUCCUUUAAAGCAGCUCCAAGUUAUAAAUGAACAUUGCCACAACUUGAGCAGAAAUUAUCUUAGUCCUGAACUUUUUAUUUAAUGAAACAUAAUGUAUAUACAUAUCUGUGCAAGGUUUGUAAGGUCCUGUUUACAUUAGUGCAUUUUUCUUUUAAAUUGUUUUUUUUUUAUUAAAAAUUAUGCUUUUCUAUAAAGGCGUUUCACAAAAGAUCUCUAUCCACACUAUACACGAAAUGACCAUUCAUGCACACUGGGCAUGCACGAGCAAGUGUUAAAGCGCUUAUUGUUCUAAUAAUAGCUUGCCUCUUGCGCAUGUAAAAUAUAACACGGCGUUAUAACGGCACAGCGGCUUUUAGCUUUUUUGUAUUGAAUUUCAUAACCGAGCCUCUGGCAUGAAUUUAUACUGCACGUGACGAAAGCGGACAGGCAGCUAAAAUGGAGUGCUCACAACGCUAUAUCCAUCAGGAUACAUUUAAAGAACAAGUUGGUAUGGCGUUUAUAAUCUGUGUCAAUAGCUGGUGUAGUGCUAUUUUUAUUUGUAGUACUGGUGUUGCAUUAUUUGCGGCUGGUCAUUGUCAUCUUUCGGUAGCAUAAUGGUCAUAUGAUAACUUGACAAUCCAGGGAAGAAUACGCAAUGAUCCAUAAGACCCAACCACGAAGCCAAUGUGGGCACUCACGCUUUUGUUUACAUAAGUGUCCGGUUAGGUCCAACUUCACUGCGUUUUCAAACUGAAACAGGGUCUGCAGUUUUCACUAAAGUCUCGGUUUAUGAUCGAAAACUCACGAGUAAUGUGGAUGCCAGGCGUAACCGUAACAAAAGUAAUGCGGUUUAAAAUGCACUAAUGUAAACGCAGUCUACGCUUUCUGUAGUUAUAGUUAUCAUACAGAUUUGGUGUGUGGUUAAUGUGUAUAGAGGCGGAUUCGGUCAGUGUACAGUAUUUUGUUAUGUAUAUAUUUGAUUUUAAUAUUAAAGUGCAAUUUUUAAUUUAUCCUAAAAGACAGUUUCAUAUUUUGUUAAGUUUUUUUAUGUAGAACGUGUUAUAUUAUUAUUAUUAUUAUUUGUAAUUUAUAGAGGGGAAGCCGUUAGUUUGGUCAGACAUUUCUGCUGGUGCAUCACUGCUGAAGGGCAUUUAAAGGUUAAACGGUAGUCUAAAUUACAGUAACAUAAGAAAGAGUGUCAGGCAUCUUAAAAGUGUUCACAUUUAAUGUUGCUACAGAUCUGUAUUGUCCUAAUAGCAACAAACAACUCAGUUUAAUUGUAUUUGUUCAAAAUGUAAAACAGCAUGAAGUGUAGCUUGUCAUUAGAGGCUUUGUUGUAAACAAUGUCUGUGUGUUAUUCCUGCUAUUUGUGUAGACAAUGUAGAAAUGUUGUGUACUGUAAACACAAAUAUCACUGCAGGUGUUUGAUGUUGAUGUUCAUAAAUUGUGUGUUUAAUUUAUUUUGAUAAAUUGAGUCAAAACAGCAUUCAGGUUUCUCAGGAACAUUGCUGCAUGAAAACAAAUAAACUGUCGUGAAAUUUC